AUGUCUUCGUCCUCUAAAUCCUAUAACACAGUCUCCAUUUACUGGAUUGAAGUGAAUCCUCCCUGCUUGUGCCAUGAUCAGCCUGUGUCGAAGCUCAGAGAAGCUUGGAAGCCUAACAACCCAGCUCACAGCUUCUAUAAUUGCGCAAAAUCAAUGAUAUCCAACGACAAUUGCAACUUCUUCCAGUGGCUUGAACCAUCAUUACCAAAACACUACAAGGAUACGUUAUGGGACAUGAAACUUAGGAUCGACUACCUUUUGGUUAGGAAUGGUCAAGUUGUUGAGCUGCAGAAGAAGGUGGAGAAGCACAAGCUUCUUAGGAAAGAUGAGAAGGAACUUGCUGAAGCUAGGAUCCAAGAACUACUCAUUGAGAUUGAAAGUCUGAAGAAGAUGUUGAAAAAGGUUGCUUUGAUUGCUCAGGUCUUCUUGUUGUUUGUGCUCAUGUACUUUAAGCUGUUCUAG